CAUACCUUUUUACGACUCAUUUGUUAAAAAUCGUUCUAAUUAGACCUCCUACCUUCCUUAAUUAUAUUUAGUUCCCUAGUGUUAAUGAAGACGAUUAGUAGCUCCUACAAAUAGAAAUUAAUUUAAUUCAAUCGGAGUGUUCCCUAGCAAUAAAUUAUUCCUAUUUAGUUUCUAAAUACAUUGACAAUCAAUUGUGACAUAAAAAAUGAGAAGGACAAGGAAUUAAAGAGUAAAAAUUUGUAGUAUUAAGUUACCUACAUUUUUAACUUAACAAGACACAUUAUUAGAACAAAACGGCCAAGGUUACAUUACAUUCAGCAUCUUACUAAGGCGACGCUCAUUCAGCAUGUCAGCGGAGUCGCCAAGACAUGUGCGGUCAGGAGGGCCACUGACCGUGCCCUCCCAGCCACCAAGUGACCGCAGCAUCAUCGAUGCCGUCUCCGGCUUCAUCAACGACGUGACACUUUCCUCUUCAUCAUCAGUAGACCCUAAAGAUGUUAUACAGUGGGCAAGGUUUGAAACAGCAGAUAUAAACGAGCCAACACCUGAAGGCGACAGUGACAAUGAUGAGUCUCCGUUGCUCCUAAUCCUGGGCUACGGAGCUGGUGUCCAAGUCUGGCUGAUACCCCCUACUGGGGAGGCCCAGGAGGUGUUGUCAUGGCGACAAGGCACAGUGAGGGUGCUCCGUAUACUGCCUACUCCGCAGCACGGCGACUGCUUCGCGUCGAAGAGGCCCCUUAUUGCCUUGUGUGAUUCUGCCAGCCCCGGUCCAUCUUUUUGCUCACUCAGUUUCAUUUCCAUCAGAGGUGGUGAACAGGUAAAAAGCAUCAAAUUCAAGAACCCCAUUCUCGAUGUGUUGGCGAACAAGCGAUCAGUGGUGGUGUCGUUUUCCGAACGUUUUGCGAUAUUCGACGCUGCGACUCUAGAAGACCGAAUGGCCGUCACUACUUGUUACCCCUGCCCAUGUCCUUUGGGCGGCAGCUUGCCAAUCAACCCGUUGGCGCUUGGAGACCGCUGGUUAGCAUAUGCUGAUAAGAAACUUAACCAGUCCAAGAGGAGCAGUGGGGGGUGUGAAGGUAAGAUUUCGCAAACAGAAUAUACUUUUUGUUUUACACCAGGGGGAAAUCUAAAGCUCUCUGGGCAAAAUAUCUAGACUCUUUUUU